GGCUUCGCGCUCGCGGCCUCGCGCGGGGAGCGCCGUGGCGGGGCGCGGCGGUGCGCCCGGAGGCGGUAGGUAGGUGCGCCCGGAGGAGCCGGCCCCGUGGCGCUGCUCCAAGAACGUUGCGGCCCGUUGGAAACGCGGCCCUGCUGCAGCCGGUGUCUCCUCGCCUGGCGAACGCGUAAAUUCGUUGGGCACGUUAGCAGGGCUGUGAGGUUCAGUGUAUCUUUGCCUGCCUACAUCAAUCUGCAAGGGAGUUGCAGAAAAGCCUCAUGUUCAUCGAGCCGUGUGGGCAAGAAAGCUUUUCCUUUAAAACUUUUCAACAGUGGGCAUAAAAUUCUGCAGCUGAGGUCUUGAAGAAUGCAGAUGGGAGAUGAAACCAGACAAAGGGUGAAGUUUACAGACGAUCGCGUCUGCAAGAGCCACCUUCUGGAUUGCUGUCCUCACGACAUCCUGGCAGGAACACGAAUGGACCUGGGAGAGUGUACAAAGAUCCAUGACUUGGCAUUGAGGGCAGACUAUGAGAUUGCAAGUAAAGAGAGAGACCUGUUUUUUGAGCUGGAUGCUAUGGAUCACCUGGAAUCCUUCAUUGCAGAGUGCGAUAGGAGAACAGAACUGGCUAAGAAACGCCUGGCUGAGACACAGGAAGAGAUCAGUGCUGAAGUGUCUGCAAAGGCAGAGAAAGUACACGAGCUGAAUGAAGACAUAGGAAAACUCCUAGCUAAAGCUGAACAGCUGGGAGCUGAAGGAAAUGUUGAUGAGUCUCAAAAGAUCCUGAUGGAAGUGGAAAAAGUCCGAGCAAAAAAGAAAGAGGCAGAGGAAGAAUACCGAAAUUCAAUGCCUGCAUCCAGCUUCCAACAGCAGAAACUGCGUGUGUGUGAAGUCUGUUCAGCGUAUCUUGGUCUCCAUGACAAUGACCGGCGUCUUGCUGACCACUUUGGAGGCAAAUUACACUUGGGUUUCAUUCAGAUUCGUGAGAAGUUGGAUCAGCUGCGGAAAACAGUGGCAGAAAAGCAAGAGAAGAGAAACCAGGAUCGUUUGAGACGGAGAGAAGAGAGAGAACGAGAGGAGAGAAUGGGCAGACGGUCUGGAUCAAGAAAUAGAGAUCGUCGAAGAUCACGGUCUCGGGAUAGGAGGCGGAGGCGCUCGAGGUCAGCUUCCCGUGAACGGCGGAAGUCUCGCUCCAGGUCCCGAGACCGGCACAGGCGCCACCGGAGCCGUUCCCGCAGCCACAGCCGAGGUCACCGGCGGGGGUCCAGAGACAGGAGUUCAAAACACAAAUCUUCUAGAGAUCGAUCUUCAAGAGAGAAGUCCCGAGACAGAGAGAGAAAAGAGAAGAGCUCUUCUGAGAGACGGCACGAGAGCACAAAUGGCAAAUCUCGUUCCAAGAGAUCAGAAGAGAGAGAAGCUGGCGAGAUCUGAACUCAAAUGAUCUGUGUUGCACUGUAAAUAGUCUGAUAAACAUUCUACACAAAGCCUAAAUUUCCCAUUUAUAUUUACUGAAUACAACUCAUCUUUUGUAGUUUUGAAUUUUUAUUGUUUGGCAGAUAGCUGUGAGUUUGUAGAGACACAGAGUUACGUACUGUUUAACAGGUUUUGUUUUAGUAGGAAUAAAUAAAUCUGACCGAUCGUUUUCAAUUCAG